GUCGGCUUAGUGUCACUCUUGCUGUUCAAGGUCACAUCAAAAGCGGCAAUUGCAGAUUUUCGCGCAAAUGCAAGCUUUCCGUAGCGCAUUUCCACUCAAUUGAUCGCUCAGCACAGCACCCGCAUUCUUUCCUCCUUUGCGACGAAUCUUGAUCAAGAAUCUCCGACGGGUAUCAACGGGUAAUCGUUGCAUCGCUUCUCAGUCUCCUCCAAAGAUAACCCAGCACCCAACGCCCAACAUGGACAACGUCGCCGGCCUCGCCUCAACAAUAGGCAACCGCUUUGUCACGAACCUCAAGGGGUCCUUUGCGAACAUGACCCCUGAGCAAAUGAUUCGACUAGUUAUUAUUGUCGGAGCUUACCUGCUCCUGAGGCCAUACCUGGUCAAGCUCGGCGCACGGGCGCAAAUGAAGGCGCACGAAGCGGAAGAAGCCCGGGCAGAGGCCGCCGCCAAGGCUAAGAUGUCGGCGAACGAACUGCGUGGAAGGGUCGAAAUCCCCGACGACACGGAUGACGAGGACGAAGCCUCCGCAAAGGCAUCCGGGCCGGAAUGGGGCAAGAGAGCGAGGAGGAGGCAGCGGGAGAUGAUCAAGAAGCUUCUGGCUGCCGAGGAGCAACGGCUCCGUGAGAGCCAAGAGGAGUUGGAAGAUAAAGAUAUCGAAGAGUUCUUGGUCAAGGAAUGAACAAUUGGGUGGCCAUCCAAGCUGUACAACUUGAAUGGUGCCAAGUUAUAUAUAUAUUAUCUAUGCGUAACGUAAUCAGCUAAUAAUAGGCUUUCCAUACAAGCUGUCUCUACGAGACCC